AUGCAGAGAAGUGUGGAAGAGGAAAAUUUUGACAAUACUUCACUAGAUAUUUUGAUGAAAGAGCAACUAGCCAUACGAAUUGUGCUGGUAAGGAAAGCUCCUCCACUUCAGGGCAAAGGUCUAACAGAUGCUACUCAGAAACAUGAUUGUGAAAUCAUGAGUCACGAAGUCCAAAACACCCAAGAGGCAGAAUAUAACAAAGUCGGGAAGGGUGGAUUUGGCUCACAUAUAGAAGUUGUUGGUACAGAACCCACUUUGGGAACAGAUCCUGUUGGAACAGAGCAAGUUAAUGAAACUCAAAGUCCAGGAAAUGAUUAUGAAAGAAACGAUCAUCUGCGAAAAUCAAUAAUUCUAGCUGGUGAUACGAUCCAAACUCAGGUGCAUGAAAGUAUUCAGAAUGAUGAAGCUGCUCUUUUGUUAAGGAACCCCUUGGACGAUCGAAGGGAUGCCCAAGAAACGGAGGGAGUAGGCACUAUCAGAACGUCCCAUCUUCUAGCUUCUGAAUUUGCUCGGAGUUGGGCUUAUAGCACAGCUCCUUCUGUACAUAGAGAAAGCGAAACAGAAAAAAUUAGAGAGGAUGAAGAGAGUCACACUCAAAGAAUCAAGGAAGUGACCAUAGCACAUGUUUCUGCUACUCAGGAUACGGAUAUUGAGGAAUAUGAGAAUAUCGGAUGUGUAGACUCAACUCUGAAUUAUGAGGGAAAUACUGAUAUUGAGGAAGACCAGUGUGUCGACGUCGGAUGUUGUGGCAAAGAGCAAUUUCAGUUAUCUUUGAAUGAGAACGAAAUAUACGAUAGCAUGAGCAACAUCAACGCAGAGAUUAGUAAGAUCGUAUUUUAA